GCAACAGUGGUUGUCGUAGUAAGUCGUGACCUAGUGGCGUUAAAUAAGGUCGGCUGCUUGCAAACCUUCGGUUUAAAAAUUUUCGACUUAGAAUUCGACACGAUUUUAUUUAUCCAAAUUACGAAAACGCAUUGCGCACUACAAAUUCAAACUCGUAGGCAUUCAACGAAAGCGUCCAGGCAAAAGAAAGAUCAAGACAUCGAAUUAAAUCUAUAGAGGGAAGAAUGUUGCGUUCACUGAGUACGACACGAAAAGAACUGGUCGCAUUACGGGCGGUCUUCCUCCGGUCUCAAGCGGUGCGACGUGGGGCCAACUAUGGAGUGCGUGCACUGUGUCAAACCUGCAAUCUACAGGCAGCCAGCUCAACAUUGAAUACCAAACCGAUCCUUAGCAGACCCCAAAUAUUAUCAACAUGGGGCUACAACUUUGCGCGAGCCUACGCCGACCUGCCCGAUCACAUACGCGUCCCGCUGCCCGCCCUCUCGCCCACAAUGGAACGCGGCUCCAUUGUCAGUUGGGAGAAGAAGGAGGGCGACAAGCUAAACGAGGGUGAUCUGCUGUGUGAGAUUGAAACCGAUAAGGCCACCAUGGGCUUUGAGACACCUGAGGAGGGUUAUCUGGCCAAGAUCUUAAUACCUGGUGGCACUAAGGAUGUGCCCAUCGGUCAGUUGGUGUGCAUCAUUGUGUCCGAUGCGAGCCAUGUGGCUGCCUUUAAGGAUUUCAAGGAUGAUGCUCCAGCCGCUGCACCCGCUGCUGCUGCUGCACCUCCUCCACCGCCGCCACCACCCGCAGCUGCCGCACCAGUAGCAGCAGCACCACCACCACCACCAGUUGCCGCUCCAGCGCCAGCAGGUAGUCCAACCCCGCAAACUGGCGGACGCGUCUAUGCUAGUCCCAUGGCCAAGAGAUUAGCCGAAACGCAACAGAUGCGUUUACAAGGCAAAGGUUCCGGCGUAUUUGGCUCACUUAAAUCUGGUGAUCUUGCAGCCGCGCAACAGGCCCAAGCAGCUGCCGCUCCAGCUCCAGCCAAGCCAGCAGCCGGCGCCAACUUCAAGGACAUCCCAUUAACCACGAUGCGGUCCGUCAUUGCCAAACGCCUGCUCGAGUCCAAGCAGAAUCUACCACAUUACUACGUCACCGUGGAAUGCACAGUAGACAAGCUGAUGAAGCUGCGAGCCAAGGUAAAUAAGAAGUACGAGAAGGAAGGAGCACGUGUCUCCAUCAAUGACUUCAUCAUCAAGGCCAUGGCAACAGCUUGUCGAAAGGUGCCUGAAGCGAAUUCAGCGUGGAUGGGUACCUUUAUACGGGAGUACAGCGAUGUAGAUGUCUCAGUGGCCGUGUCCACAGAUAAGGGUCUCAUUACUCCCAUUAUCUUUAAUGCCGAUCGCAAGGGUGUGCUAGAAAUCUCGAAGAAUGUUAAGGAGCUGGCCGGCAAGGCGCGCGACAACAAGUUGCAGCCACAUGAAUUCCAAGGCGGCACCAUAUCCGUGUCCAAUUUGGGCAUGUUCGGUGUCAAUCAAUUCUGCGCUGUCAUUAAUCCCCCGCAAUCCUGCAUCCUGGCUAUUGGAACCACAACGAAAAAGCUUGUGCUUGAUCCAGACAGUCCUAAUGGUUUCAAGGAGACCAAUAUGAUCACCGUGACGCUGAGCGCCGAUCACAGAGUUGUGGAUGGUGCCGUGGCCGCCGUUUGGCUCAAACACUUCCGUGACUUCAUGGAGGAUCCACAGACAAUGAUAAUGUAAAUCAAGACAUUUUGCGGAUCAGUUAGCUAAACACUCUGGAGAGGAUUAGCUGUGUCCGCUUACUGCCACGAGUCGCUUCUGGUUCAUAUAACGUCUAUACUUUCGAUGUUAUAUACUAUACAAAAUAUUGUAUACUUUCAUUUUAAUUGGCUUGCUGUCCCACGAUUCACGUUGUGCGUCUUAGCGUCAAUUUGACACUCAAUCGACUUUUUAAGUCUCUAUAUACUUAAAUGUGUAAUGUAGUAAAAUUGAUGGUACUUUCAUAAUAUCGGAUAUUAUUUAAUCAAAUCAAAUCAACUCAACUCGACUCAAACCCCAAUCCAAUUUUACAUUAGCACCGCGUAGCAGCCAUUUAAAUUUUCGUUGAAAAAUAAUUUUAUGUAUGUCAUUUUCAUUAUAUUAGAAGAACAUUUCAAUACCCGAAAAUUGUUAAAUAAACAUAUUACAAUGUAGUCCAUUUUA